AAACCAAGUCAAACUGACGGCCUACUAGGAGUGACUUCACGGGAGUCACAUGAACUUACCCACACCCCAUCAUACCCCACCUCCCACUCUUUUAACCAAAAACAAGCUGAACAUCGCCUGAGUUACUUUUCGCCGGCGAUUCUAACUAAAUAUUCUCCUCUCAUCUCCUGUAAUGAGAACAUCCAAGCCAAAUCAAGACGACGAAGAAUACGACGACGAAGACUUUAUGUCUAAGAAAGAAACCACUUCUAACAGUAACAAUAACAACAUCAAAGGUAAAAACAGUGAUAAGGCUAGUGCUAUUCGAUCGAAGCAUUCUGUCACUGAGCAGCGAAGACGCAGCAAGAUUAAUGAGAGAUUUCAGAUAUUGAGAGAUCUCAUACCCCAUAGUGAUCAAAAGAGAGAUACGGCAUCGUUCCUAUUAGAGGUGAUCGAGUAUGUCCAAUUUUUACAGGAAAAAUUGCAGAAGUAUGAGGGUACAUACCAGGAUUGGAGUUCUGAGCCCACGAAGUUGAUGCCAUGGAGAAAUAGUCACUGGCGCGUUCAAAGUUUUGCUGGUCAACCGCAUGCCAAAAAUGGUUCUGGUCCAGGGUCAAUGUUUCCUGGGAAAUUUGAUGAUGGCAUUCCUCCAACCAUGCUUACAAGCUCACAGAACCCUUUAGAGUCUGAUCCUAGCAGGGAUGUCUCCUGCAAAAUGGAUCGGCAACAGGAGUUAGCAAACAAGGGAACACCUCUGCCCAUGUCUUUGCAGGGAAACAUGCCCACUGCUGUAAGAAAUGAUAUGCUAGUGCAUCCUCUUCAGAGACCGGUUUCUGACGCACAGUCUAAUGAGUGUCCCACCACUGGUGAUAUAAUGAACCAACAGGAGGAGCUGACAGUUGAAGGAGGGACAAUCAGCAUAUCAAGUGUGUACUCCCAAGGGUUGUUGAACACUCUGACUCAAGCACUGGAAAGUGCUGGUCUAGAUCUGUCACAGGCCAACAUCUCGGUGCAGAUUGAUCUUGGGAAGCGAUCAAACAGAGGGUUGAUGUCUGGAAGUUCCAUUGAGAAGGGUCCCCAAAAUCCCGCCUCUAGCAAUCAGGCCAUGGCAAAACUUAGGGAUUUCAGCAGCAGUGAAGACUCAGAUCAAGCUCAAAAACGGUUGAAGACAUAAGGCUAGUAUGGCAUUUCCUGAGUCUUCGUUUUCGCCUUUAUUUUCUCUUCUGUCCUUUCUUCCUUUCUGUUUCUAUUUGGUUUUUUCUCAUUCAAUUGUUGUACAUGCUUGCAUUUGGUUUCCUUGGGUUCUUACCAUAUAUUGUGGGACUCAUAUCAAGAGCUAUUACCUUGAAUUAUAUGUUUAUGUAGUUCA